AUGUUGGCUUACUUUUGACUUCCUCUUCUUCUCAUAAAGGUAAGUGGAAUCUGCUACGAAGAAUGCAAAUCCUCAGACGCUUUUUCAUGCAGCAGAUGUCUAUCAAUAAACGCUCUUGACGAUAGCAACUCCCAAUCCCAUUUAAUAUGUAACCUUUGGGACAGCCCUGAAUGCUGAAUGGGAUGAUAUAAUAUCAAAGUUGACCAUGAAGCCAUAAAAAUUGGAUUUCCAUCAGAUCAGAAAGAAAUAUAUAUUACUCUUUUUCAAAAUAAAUAUGCUUUUAAUUAAUCUAUAAAAAUACUGCCAAUUUAACUAGAAAAGAUAUAAAUUCAGCCAAGAAACCAAAAGCUUGUCAGCGGAAUUUUGAAUUCAUGAUAAGGAAAAACUGAAAGAAUCCGACGAACUUAGUUGUUUAUCUAGCUAUUUUCCAGAUGGCUGGCAAAGCCUCGGAUUAUUGCUAAAACCAAGAGAAACUGAAAAUCCUCUCUUAAUUUGGCUAAUCGGGAGUUUCUCUGAAAAUCAAAAUUCCUUUAAAGGAUUUAUUUAUAUAGAAAUUGCAAUCGAAAAUUUUCCAUCAGAAAUUUCGUGUGUUGAAAUCCCAGACCAAGCUAAAAAUGACUGUAAAAAUUGUGAGAAAAGCUGCGCGCCAUGGCUGCUUCAUGAUGCAUGUGCCCAUAAAAAAAGAAAUUUAGCUUGUGGGCCUUAUACUUAUAAUUCUGCGAUAACAAUGGACCAAUGCCCUACAGGAAUUACCGCAGAUAGUUCUUGUAAUUGCCAAAUACCAGGAAGUGAAGUUUUUAACAUUGUUUUAAAAAACAUUGAAGAUCCAGUAACUGAUUCUAUGAAUUCCAUAAAAGUCGCUGUAGGAAGCACAGGCGGCACAUUUUACCCAACCUACGAUACAUAUGAUCCUUAUCCCUCUGAGGGCCGUGGCUAUUAUUUCGCUGGGUCAAAAUAUAUGCAGCUUCCUCCUAACAACCUUGAUUCAGGUAACUCAAUUAAUUUUGCGCCUGACUUUGCCAUUUCAGUAUGGAUUUACACUCAUUCCUCAAAAAGUGGUAGAGAAAUAAAUGGUGACGUUGAAGGAAAUAGGACUCCGAGGCGCACUUCUAUGGAGCAGUAGAACCUAUCCUGAUGAAGCUGAAAGUAUGGGCCUCUGCCCCUUUUGAAGUAAACCUUCAGGUUUGGGGAUGCUUUGCCCGAAGAGGGAGGUUUUGUUUCCCCGAAGGUUUUCCUGUCCCUGCCAGACGGGCUAGACAGGUUUUGCCAACCACAUGGUCUUUCCUCAUCGGGACCAUCGGAGCGCUCGCAAGAAGUGGCUCUGCCCAGGGUGAGCUAAUUCCUGGACAGGUGGUUCAGGUCGGAAAUUCAAAAUGGCGUCAGGGCUAGGAUUAUGGUCUCAUCAGAAUCUGUUCUGACGCCAUUUUUGGAGCUGAGACGGGGCGUAUUGUCAGCGCCUGCGGGAGCGCUUAUGGCCGGAUACUUAUUAAUCUUAAUCAACAAGUGGAAAUAUUUUAGUUAAAAAAAGCAGCUCUAGCACUUCCACUUAUUAUCUUUAUUACGGCCUAAGUGGCAAUACUCCAUACCUAACAUUAAAUAUAGGUUCUUCAAAUAAUGUAGAAGCAAAAAGUGGUGCUACAGCAAUUGGUACCUCACAAUGGUAUAACAUAGGUGCUUCAGUUUCAUAUACUGUUUCAGUGCAAUCAGAUGUAUAUUUUUAUAUUAAUGGAGCUCAAGUUUCUACUGGUAUUUAUAGUGAUUAUUUCAAUGACAACUAUUCUGGCUAUAAGAUAUGAAUUGGAGCUGAUUAUGACAGUUCAUUUUCCCCUACUAAUUCCUUAAUAGAUACUUUUAUAUAUAGUUUAAGGAUCUGAAAUACAAAUGCCGACCUAACUUCCUAUGAUUACUUGACAUCGGGUUGCACUUCUUCUUGCGGCUAUUGUCCUCCUGACGGGGCAUGCCUAGCUGCUUAUGGGAUUGAUAAAUACUAUGACAGUGGGACGUCUUCAUGGUUAACUUGUGACUCAGCCUGCACUUCUAAAGGCUGUGUAAGGAAUGAUAAGAAUUGCAAUUUAUGUGCAACCCAAUACUGUAAAACUUGUGAUAACUGGAGCAGCUGUAUAGAUUGCAUUUCUAAUGCAAAUUCAGCGACUGCGCCUUGUACUUCGUGUGGUACAGGAUAUUUAUGGGACACCACAAAUGAAGUUUGCAGUGGCUGCAUCUUUUACUGUACUGCUUGCGGCAGCGGGACAUAUCUGAUAGCAGGAGGAGUUUGCAGCAGUUUUUGCCCUUUAGGAUAUACAGCAAAUAGUGGGACUAAUAUCUGUGAUGCUAAUACCUCAACUGUUGCGUUAAAUCUUGUGAUUAGCUCUCUUAGUGGAGUAAUCACAGAGUCUGCUAAUUCUUUAAAUGUGAUCACUGGGACUUCUUCUACUUUUUAUCCUGGCUAUGAAACUAAUGAUCCCAAAGCAGCUUAUAAGAGAGGGUAUUAUUUUGACGGCUCAGCUUCCCUUAUGCAUCUUGCACCUUAUAGCUCUUAUACAACACCUUUGUUAACCUUAGCCCCAGAACUGACGAUCCAAGCUUGGGUAAACCCUUCUUCUGAUGGGACUUUGAUAAGUAAAGUUGACUCCUCUUUUGCGAAUAUUUUUACUUUUUCUAUAGUAAGCUCAAAACCGACUAUAUAUAUAAAUAUGAAAACUAACGGACAGAAAACUUUUACCUGUGAAAAUACUAUAACAACGUCCAGCUGGAAUCAUAUAGGGAUUUCUAUGCAAUUAGUCUCCUCAGGGCAAAAUACAGAGUUAGUCUGUACAGUAAAUGGUAUCUCUGAUACAGCAAGCACUGAUUUUGGGGUUGACUAUUUUAUGGAUACUGCCAGUGGGUUUUAUUCCACAAUUGCUGCUUUGCAAACUGCGAGCUCAAGCUACAGCACUUAUUAUACUGGAUUUAUAUACAAAAUCCUAAUUGAUAACUCCUAUUCGUCAGCCACAAGUGACUAUCAGACUACUUCUUGUUCAGGAGGCUGCUCCACCUGUCCAGCAGCUUCAUCUACCUGCCUAAUAGCCUGCCCUAUAGGCGAAUAUUGGACUAGCAGCAACUAUAACUCUUGUUCCUCAUGCCAUUCUAACUGUUUAGCCAAAGGCUGCAGAGAUGAUGGGCCAAUCUGCAAUCUCUGUGACGAUAUAAUUUGUUCUGUCUGUUCUGAUUAUUCUGCAGUCUGCACUACAUGCUUGUCAAAUGCAGCACUAGUGAGCAGCCAAUGUACAUGCAAUGAUUCGUAUUAUUGGGACAGCACAAAUCAGGUAUGCACGCCUUGCCAAUCGUCAUGUGCAACCUGUGAUGGUGGAACGAGCUCUGAUUGUUUGUCUUGCACAGGCUCUUAUUAUUUAAAUGGAGUAUGCUAUACUACGUGUCCAAAUGGAUAUACAGGAAGUGGGACUAGUUGUGUAUCCAGCGUAAGCUUGAUUUUGGCAUAUACUUUUGAUAAAAUACAAGAUACAAUUACAGACUCGGCACAAUCUAUUGUUGCACUAACCGGAAAUAGCAAUAGCUUUUACCCUUCCUAUGGGACUUAUGAUCCUCUAGCUGCUUAUGAUAGAGGCUACUAUUUUUCAGGCAGCACUUAUAUCCAGCUCCCUCCAUACUCAGGCAGUGCUACAGCUCAACUAUAUAUAGGCACUGAUAACACCUUCUGUACCUGAAUAUGGCCUACUGCACCAGCUGGGACUAUUUUUUCAAAGCAAAAAAACUCUGCAUCAGUCGACAGUUAUUAUACAAUUACCUUAUCAGGCUACUAUCCUAUGAUAACUCUUAACGUCUACAAGAGUGGCAGUGGAGGCUCUACAAUUACGGGAAGUUAUGUAUGUCCUUCAGCCAUAACUAACGACAGAUGGUAUUAUAUUGUUAUUCAGACCACUUAUUCUAGCAGCGCCAAAAAAACUUAUGCAAACUGUUAUAUAGACAGUUCUACAGUGUCAUCAAGCCAAUUUGUGGCGGCAGGAAGCUUAAGAGACUCUCAGACUAAUUAUCUUAAUGAUAUAGGGGCUGCACAUACAGAUCAGUCAACUUUUGGAAACUUUAUAACUCCGAGCUAACAAUCAAAUUUUUUAUAUAUAAAUUUUAUAGUAGAAUUAUUAAAAAUUAAAAAAAAUCCAACUUGAAUAAUUUUAAAGCAAAAUUAAUUUGAAAAAUUUAUGUUUUAAAAUGAAAUCUGUUAAAAUAAAUAGAAUUAUCCAGAGAUUUCAUUAUAUAGAAUUUUCACUUAUAUAUCAAAAUAUUUUUCAUAAAAAUUUCUCUAUUAAAACAAAUUUUUGUACACUUAUAGAGGGAAAAAAAAUGAUUUUUCAAAUAUUUUUAUCGCUCGCAGAGGAGAGUAAGAGCAUUUAUAUAUAGCAUCAAGUUGUGAAAGACUAUAGUGAGUAAUCCUACCACUGUGGAUAGACUGACAAGCUGCACAGGACAAGCAGGAUGCACCCAAUGCCCAGGAAGUGCGACAUGUCUUAGCUUGUGCACCUUAAGCCAGUACUGGGACACUACUUCUUCAUCAUGUAAAUCCUGCCAUACUAACUGCUAUACAAAAGGAUGUGUAAGGUAUGACAAGUCCUGCAAUCUCUGUGCAAGCCAAAUUUGCUAUAAAUGCACAGAUUUUACAUCGUGUCCCACUGCCUUAGAUUCUUGUAUUACGAAUGCGUCACCGUCGCCAUGUGCUUGUGAUUCUGGGUAUUAUUUUUCAACGACUAAAGAAGAGUGCACGAAAUGUCCGACGGGCUGUGCUCAGUGUACAGAUGCUACUCAUAUAGGCUGCUCAUCCUGCUUGACUGGCUAUUACAAGCUUUCAGGGCUCUGUAGAAAUUAUUGCCCAUUAGGCUACUCUAUAAGUGGCCAAACUUGCAGCCCAAAUAGUCCUACUCUAUUUUUCGACUUACAGCUGACCAAAAUCCAAGGUGUCGUAUAUGACAGCCAAAGUUCAAUUCCUGCAGUUACGGGGACUUCGUCUGCUUUUUAUCCUUCUUUUGAUUCAGAUGACCCAUAUCCAGCAUAUUUGCGAGGCUACCACUUUGAUGGGACCAGCUCUAUUAUGCAUUUGCCGUCUUUUAGCUCUUAUACCACUCCUAACUACGUCAUAGCGCCCCAAUUUACAUUUACUAUUUGGAUAAACCCAGAAGCUUCUACUGGGUAUUUGUUAUCCAAGCACGAUUCUUCGAAUAACUAUAAUGAAAUUUUCAGUGUCCAGCUGGCUUCUAGCUACCCAAAAAUGACUAUUUAUUUACAAUUGGUAAACAGUAAAUCAAUGACCUGUGGAAAUACAGUGGCAUUAAAUUCGUGGAAUCAUAUUGGGUUUAAAAUAACUAUAAAUGGCUCAGGAAAUACAUUGGUCACUUGCUAUGUAAAUGGAGUCGCUGAUAGCUCAGCCACUGAUAUGGGGUUCAGCUAUUUUGAUGACAUUACUUCUAACAUCGCAGUGACUAUAGGUGCUAAACAUGUAAGUGCAGGCUAUUUUUCUUCUUAUUUUACAGGCUUUAUCUACGAAAUCACCACAGAUAACGCUGCAAACUCAGCUACAUCAAGCAUUCUUACCUCUGGCUGCUCCUCAGGGUGUUCUGUUUGUCCAUCCUCAGGCACCUGCAUCCCAAACUGCCCUAUUUCUAAAUACUGGACAGGCCCUUCAGCGACAGGCUGCACUUCUUGUGCAUCUUCAUGCGCCACGAUAGGCUGUGUCAGAACUGAUAACAAAUGUAACCUUUGUAAUGACCAACAAUGCAAAAUUUGUACAGACUAUACCAGCAGUGCUUGCACUCAGUGUAUAACUAAUGCAAGUACUACUUCUAGCUGUGCCUGUAGUACAGGCUAUACAUGGGAUUCUACCAAUGAGGUUUGUACAGCUUGUGACUCCUCAUGUGCUGCAUGCACAGCAGUUGGGUUUAUGUAUUGUUCUAGCUGUGCAAGUAGCUAUUAUUCGCUAAAUGGAGCUUGCCACCCUUUUUGUCCGACUGGGUAUACAGCUGGGAGCGGAACUUGUACGUUGAGUCAUAGUCCAGCUUUUGAGGUCAAAUUCUAUUCUGUAGGUAUACAAGCAGUUGUGACUGAUACAAGUGGGGAUAGUGUGACCGUGCUGACUGGGAAUACUAUGAAUUUCUAUCCAAACUAUGACAGCUAUGACCCUUAUCCUAUACAAAAUAGAGGCUACUACUUCAGAGGGCAGUCCAUUAUGAGUCUUCCUCCAUAUACAGCGACUUCUACACCUUUAUUUUUAUUUGGAAAUGAGUUUACAAUAGCAGCGUGGGUUAGUCAUUCAGCCUCAGGAGUUUUAGUGUCCAAGCAGGACUCUUCAUCCUUGACUUCUUAUAUAAAAAUGACUAUUGCUUCUACCCCUUCACUAGCCAUCUACCUCCAACAAGCUGGCUCUGUGACCCAUACCUGCUCAAAUUCUUUAUCCUCUAAUUGAAACUUAAUAGAAUUCACAAUAGAUCUGCAGUCUAAUGGAGAUCUUAAUAUGUUAUGCAGGAUCAUAAAUAAAAUGGCAUUCGGUUCGAGAGAAAUUAGCUUUGCUAAUUUUCUCUCCCUCAUGGAAUUUUAUUUAUGGGGUUAGGUUUUCACUCGAGAACUUCUGGACAGCAAUAGCGGUUUAACUUUGGGGAUAACCAGAGGAAACUGCUCCUCAGUCCCUUCAAGAUUUCGGGCUUUUACCUCUCAGCACACCUCCAAGGGAAGGUGACCCUCAGGCGGAACACGCGCAGGAGCUGAGUCUAGACAAGGGCGAUGGCAUCGCGCCGGGUGAGAUGUGCAGCAAGGCUGGUGAAGCAGGAGUUGAUAGAAGGCUUGGCCAGGGCUGACCUGUUCCAAGAUGGCUCGCCUACGUCACUAGUUUUGCCAUAGGUCCAUUUUGGGCUGCGGCACUAGACACCUUAAACACCAGAUAAUUAAGUAAGUUAAGUAAGUUAUGCAGGAUCAAUGCAGUCGCUGAUUCUUCUGCUGAGACCAUGGGGACUGGUUUUUAUUUAGACCUAACCAGCAGCUUUAAAUUUUUAAUAGGCGGCCAAUAUGUAAGCUCAGGGACAUUAGGAAAUUAUUGGACUGGGAUUUUAUAUGAGCUGAAAUUUUAUAACGAAUAUAAAUCUUCAUGCACUGACCUGACAUCUUCCUGUACAAGUGGUGGUUUUACAUGUUCAAAAUGCCCAGCAAGCACCGCAACCUGUAUAAAUACCUGUGCAUUUAACGAAUGGUGGGAUGGAUCUGCAUGCCAAACUUGUGGCUGCGGCUCAGUCCCUUGUGUAAGAGCAGAUGUCGUAUGUAAUUUAUGUUAUGACCAACAAUGCAAUAAAUGUACAGAUUUUAUCGCAAAUACCUGCACACAGUGUAUCACGAAUGCAGGAUUUUCAGGAACUGACUGUGUAUGUAAUACAGGCUAUACGUGGGACUCUACUACAGAUACCUGUGCAUCUUGUGAAGCCCACUGUUCUGCGUGCAAUGGGGUUAAUUAUUUAGACUGUACCGCAUGUGCCAGUCCUUAUUAUUGGUUCCAUUCUAUAUGUUUGUCAAGCUGCCCUACAGGCUAUACCACAAAUAAUAUAAACCAUUAUUGUGAUGUGACCAAUGACUUGGUCUUAAGCUAUAAUUUUGACACUAUAAGUGGCACUGUGACUGACCAAAGCUCAUUUAAUAUACAGAUGAGGGGUGGGUCUACGACAGGAUUUUAUCCUACUUAUGACUCUGAUGACCCUUGGGCGACUUAUAAAAGAGGCUAUUACUUUUCAGCAACUGCUAAUUCUUAUGUGAUUCUGUCGCCUUUUACAGAAUAUAAUACGCCCCAGCUGACGCUGGGGUCAGAUUUUACUAUUGCGAUAUGAAUAAGGCCAGCUGCUGACGGCACUUUGAUAGCUAAACAAGGGGAUUCUGCCUCUGUCCCUAUUUCUUUUGUGUAUGAAAUUGUAAGUUCUGAGCCAAAAUUGACGGUUUAUUUCAUAAAUCUAGGGGCUACAGUCACAGUCGACUCUUCAGGGACAACACUAACUCUAGACACAUGAAGCCAUAUUUCUUAUACCCUAAAUAUCCAAACCUCUGUCGGCACUGAAAUAAUAUCCUAUAUAAAUGCAUCCCCUGUUAAAACCUAUACUGAAUCUGAUGACUAUUUCUUAGACGCCACUUCUAACUAUUUAUUUACUAUAGGCGCUGCUUGGAGUGACCAAACCACUCGUACAAAUUUCUAUGAAGGCUUUAUAUAUGAGCUAAAAAUCUGGAACAAUAUCAUAAAUACAGACACAGACUGGGGAAUUACUAAUUCACUCUGCAUCUCAAAUCCGACCUCUUGUACGUAUUGCCCUUCUGCUGCAUCAAUCUGUCUUCCUGAAUGCAAUAUUGGGGACUAUUAUGACCCUACAACACCGUCAUGUGGAACCUGCAAAGCAUCUUGCACGACAGGGUGUCUAAAUGCGAAUUAUUGCAAUUUGUGCUAUGACCCAGUGUGUUCGAUUUGUACUGAUUUUAGCUCGACCUCGUGCACGACCUGCAAGACUCAUGCUACAAGUACUUCUGGGUCCUGUGUGUGUGGGAAUCCUUAUUUUUUUGAUACAAGCUCAGAGACAUGUUUGGUGUGUACGGCUGGCUGUCAGGUGUGUACGACACAGAUACAUAAUUCUUGCACACAAUGUAUGUCUAAUUAUUAUAUGACACUUGGAGAAUGCUUAGAUUUUUGCCCAUAUGGGUUUACUGCUGAUUCUACCAAUUGGCUUUGUAAUAGUGGGAUAGGGCAGAUUUUUGCAAUUGAUUUUACUAAUAAAAUUUUAGGAUCCUUGACAGAUUCUGUCAGUGGCUUUAAGCUGGUAACUGGGUCUUCAACUUCUUUUUAUCCUACUUAUGACAGUGACGACCCCUUAGCAGCUGAUGUUCGUGGGUAUUAUUUUAAUGGCGCUUCCGUGGUCAAUAUAAAUGCUAACUCUGCUGGUAACACCCUAACUUUCCCUUCAAAAAUAACAUUUUCUAUGUGGGUUAACCCAAGCAGUGACGGUGCAAUUUUUUCUAACUCCCCCCCCCCCUCCGUGAGCGAACAAAAAAAUUUUGUUCGCUCACGGAGGGGGGUUAAUUUUUUUUUUUUAAAAAAAAUUUAUAUAUAAAUUUUAUAAAAAAAAUAUUUUUUUCGAAAUUUAAAAAAAUCCUAAUUUGCAAAAAUUGGGAAGCAAAUAUUAAUUUAAUUUGCAAAAUUUAUGUUUUAAAACGCAAUUUGUUUAAAAUUAAACAGAAUUAGCUCUAGAUUUCAUUAUACUAAUUAUCACUUAUAUAUCAAAAUUUUUUUUCCAUUAAAAUUUUUUCUAUUAAAAAAAUUUUUGUUCACUCACGGAGGGUGGGUUUUUGUCAAAAAAAUGGCGAUUUUUCUAAUGGUUUUGUUCGCUCACGGAGGGGGGGGGGAGUAAGCAAGACCAAAGUACAGUCGACACUUCUAUCCUUCUGGCAAUAGCCAGUGGAGCAAUGAGUGUUUCAAUAACCUUGACAUCAGGGACUACUUAUUCAGUUUCAUCUUCCUCAACUCUCACUACAUCUACAUGGUGGCAUGUUGCAGUCCAAAUUACAAUUCUCUCAGACGGCAACACUGCAGCUGCAUUUAUAUUAAAUGGCGCUACAGACGCCACUGUUAACGCCGCAGUUGACUAUUUUAUUGACAAUAAUGGGGCAUUUACCAUUGCAUUAGGUGCAGAAUACGUAAGUGCAGGAACCUUAGGCACCUUUUUCACAGGCUUUCUCUAUACACUAAAAAUAUGACAAAACGUGGUCACCAGCUAUUCCUCAGAAAUGACCACAAGUGGCUGCAGUGGCUGCUCAGUCUGUUUAGCCUCUACCUCUUGUAUAGUAAACUGUGCCUAUAACGAAUACUGGGACGGCUCAGCCUGCCAAAGCUGCAGUGGCUGUAGCAGCAAUACUUGUGUAAAAGGGACGACCUGCAACCUUUGUUAUGAUAUUUUAUGCUAUACUUGUACAGACUAUACAAGCACAGGCUGCACUGCUUGUGUUACAAAUGCCCAGUUUUCGUCAGGUACUGGAAGUACUUGUGAAUGUGUGGCAGGGUAUAUUUAUGAUUCAGCAAGUCAGUCUUGCUUACAGUGUCCUAGCUUGUGUAGCAGCUGUACAUCAACAGUAACAACAGGGUGUACCACGUGUGCAUCAGGGGCUUAUAUGAUACAGACUGUUUGUAUGUCAUUUUGUCCUACUGGGUUUACAGCAGGCUCUGGGACUUGUAAUGGGGCAGUUGGACUAGUUUUUGAUGCGAUAUUUGUAAAGAUACAAGGGACGAUCACGGAUUCUGUGAAAGGGAUUUCGAUAACUACAGGGUCAAGCUCAGCGUUUUACCCGACUUAUGACUCAGAUGACCCUUAUCCUUCUCAAUAUAGAGGAUAUUAUUUUAAUGGGGUAAAUUCUGUGAUGAAUUUUGUGACGAAUUCGAAUAAUAAUUUGCAGCUGGUUUUUAGCCCGAAAUCUACAAUAGGAAUGUGGAUAAAUCCAUCACAAAACUCAGGGACGAUUUUUUCUAAGCAGGAUAGUUCGACUGCAACAAGUUAUCUUGAUGCCACUAUAAAUGGGUCUGGAUACCCCGUGAUUUCUAUUUAUGUCAAAGGGGUUGGCAGUGCUACUUAUACAUGUGGGAAUGCCUUAUCUACAACUGCAUGGAAUUUCUUUGGGUUUACCGUCACAAUUUCAGGACUAAACAGCUAUAUUCAAUGCACGGUAAACAGUCACCAAGACUCAAGUCAAGGCGACCUUGGCACUGGGUUCUUUGAAGAUCUCCAAUCCUCCUACACCUUCACCCUUGGUGCCCAAAAUACAGCUCCUAGUACUUUAGGUUCCUACUACAAAGGCUUUAUCUUCGAAAUGAAAGUCUGAAGCACCUCUCAGUCCCUUACCUCAGAAGUCUGGACUUCUUGCUCAGGCUGCAGUGUUUGUCCAUCCACGACUAAAUCUUGCAUUGUAAACUGUCCUAUUUCCACUUAUUACAGCUCAGGGUGCUUGUCAUGUUCCGGUUCCUGUACCAAAGGCUGUGUCAGAAAUAGUGACUGUAACCUCUGCAAUGACUCUUUAUGCUACAAAUGUACAGACUUUGCAGCAUCAACCUGCACCCAGUGCAUUACAAAUGCAUCUAUGAACUCUAUGGGAGUCUGCCAAUGCAUAGGGUCAGCUUUUUAUGAUACUGCUUCUUUGUCAUGUACAGCAUGCUUUUCUAACUGUGCGUCGUGCACUAAUAAACAUAAUGGAGACUGCUCUACGUGUAAUUCAGGGUAUUAUAUAAAUCCUGAAGGAAAACUGUGUACAAGUUCAUGCCCUAUAGGCUAUACAGCGUCUUCAGGGACUUGUACAGCAAAUAAAGCGAGCUCUUUGAUUGUGCAUUAUAAAUUCAAAAAAAUUAGUAAUAGUGUCGCGGAUCUUGUGAGUGGGAAAAUUGCGUAUAUGGGGUCGACUAGUAGCUAUUUGGGAAGUUUUGACUCAAAUGACCCAUAUCCGAUUUUGUAUUUAGGGCUGUAUUUUACUGGGUCUAGCUAUGUGAAGCUCCCUCCAAACUCAGCAGACUCGUCCUCAAUACAGCUUGGGAACACCCAUAGUAUUUUUAUAUGGGCAAGACCUCUAUCAAACACCCAAAACCUUUACCUAUUCGCCAAAGAAGGAAGUGGGAAUAUAAAAGCAGGGCUUUAUAUAGACAAAUCUACUAAAGUUCUUACUUCUAAAUACAGAAUAUAUGAUGACCAAACAUCAAGCGCUAGCACUUUAUCAGCUACAGCGACCGCCAUUUCUGCUUGGGAUGUCUGGCACAAUUUUGCAGUCGUCGUCCAACGUAUAGGCUAUGCUACACAAGCAGUUGUAUACGUAGAUGGGACAAGUGGGACCAUUUCUUCAAUAGCCAAUUCUUUUCUAGAUGACCUUACAUCAGACACCUUCACAGUCGGCAAAAGUGUAUCAUUAACCCAGUCUUUUAAAGGUUACCUCUACGAAAUAAAAAUCUACAACUAUGCCAUUACCCCUUCAACACCUACUUUUGCAUGUGGCUGCACUGCUUGCACAUCUGACAACGACUGUUUAACCUCCUGCACCUAUUUGCAAUACUAUUCAGGGACCUGUAUAAACUGUGACGCAUCUUGUACAACUGGCUGUGUCCGCAAUGGCAACUGUAAGCUUAAUCUUGACUCCUUAUGUGGCGAUUCUACCUUGACUGGUUUUACAGCAGCUGAAUGUACAGCAUGUGUCAAUUUAGCUUCAGGCGCGGGGUCUCAGUGCUCUUGUGCUGAACAUUCUACUUAUGAUUCGUCUACAGAUACUUGUGUGUGCUCUACUAACUAUAUGCAGUAUUUAACCCAAUGUACGCCUUGUUAUUACCAUUUACAAGCUUCUGAUAUAUCAGCGGCGUUUACUUCUACAUAUCAAGGGAUUCUUUUUACUAUGUCACAAGCAGUUCAGACAUCUAUGCCGUCAGCUUGUACAAGCUUGUUUGACAGUUCUUCAUAUAACAGUCUAGGGGUUUCCCCUGCCUGUGCAUGGGCGACUGAUAUGCUGUCGUUGACUGUAACUUUGGGUGUAAACGCGACUGUGACGACAGGACCAUUGGUGUUUAAGGCAAUGACGCUAUAUACGAAUACAGUCAUUUGUGGAGCUUUGCCAAGUCCUGUUAGUGUAAGUGUACAGUCUACGUACACAAAGCCGAAUAUUGUGCCUAUAGCUUCACUUAUAGCACCUAUAGAGCUGUAUAUUGAGUGCAAUGAUUUAAGCUUAGACGCGACUUCUUCUAGUGGAGGGUAUAACAGGCCUUUGCAAUAUAAGUGGACGAUCUCUGCAAGUCCUGAUGUCCCAGCUUUAGAUGGGUAUGGGAGCUAUAGCUAUACUACAGAGUAUAUAGCCAUUUCUAAGGCAAAUUUAAUAGCUUCAUCAGUAAAUAUAACUUUGACUGUGCAAAAUUGGCUUGGGUUUUCAGCAUCUACGACAACAUCCUUAUCAUUGAUAUAUGGGAAAGGGCUUAAGCUGAUAUUUGAUACCAGUAUAAAGUAUGUGCUGAAGACAAGCCAAAGCAAAUCAAUUAAUGUAAAAGCUAUAAGUGGCUGCCAGAUGUCAGAUCAGCUAUUAUAUGAAUGAAAAUUAACUGAUUCUACCGGCAGUGUCAGUGAAAGCUACCUUUGGGGCGUCCAAAGUAUUGCUUCUACACUAUUUUGUCCAGCCAAUACUUUUGCACCUGGGACUUAUACUUUUGAGGUGUCUGUGACAGACCAGAUGAAUUCUUUGACAGGAAAAACCCAAUUUAGCUUGACUUAUGUGGCUUCAGAUUUAAUAGUAACAGUUUCCAAUCCUUUAAUUACUCUAAAAUCGUCUGAUAACUUAUCAGUUUCUCCUACAGUUACAGACCCAGACAACCAACAAGGCACCUUAUCCUAUUCCUGGACUUGCAGUUUAAAUAGUAAUGACUGUACGUCCUUGAUAUCGUCCCCUACCUCUUUAUCAUUAUCUAUAUCAGGAAACACCUUACAAUCAGGAAAUUAUUAUAUUUUUACAUUUACUGCAAGUAAAUCUACUAGAAGCACCAGUACAGCAAUCAAUGUAAACGUCGUUUCUUAUACCCCAGCAACAGUGACGUUUUCAAGCAUACCAAAAUAUGUGAAUUAUCAGGAGAAUUUUGUUAUUUGGGCUUAUCCAGUCAUGACGGAAGACUAUACCUGCUUGUGGACGAUGACAAGUGGAGGGACUUAUACACUGAUGGGGUCGACAGAUUCUACAAGUAUUGGGCUUUUGGCUAACACCCUAACACCCGGGGCGACCUAUGAAUUUCUGUUUUCUGUGACCACCUCGACCGUUGUGUCUAAAUUCAAGAUUUCUUUUACUGCAAUUCAGCCUCCGUCCGGUGGGUCUUUUUCAGUAUCCCCAGGCCAAGGUACAGCAUAUUCUACUGUUUUCUAUUUAGACGCCCCAAGCUGGUCUAGUUCAAGCAGCGUUUUUCCUCUAAACUAUCAGUUUGGCUUCUAUAACGGCACUUCAGAAAUCCCAUUAAACGUCAAAAACGAAAGCUCAUUUUUAUAUGCAACUUUACCUUAUAUAACCCCUAUGACUUUAUUUGUAAAAGUCUAUGAUAACUAUGGAAGCUACACCCUUGUCAGCUCAACCGCUACCAUUUCUCUUGGGAGUUCUACAACAACGUCUUCACUUUUAUCGACAGCCCAAAGCACUCUUUCUAAUUCCUAUACAGAUUCCUCUACCCUUAUUAUGCUUGUGAACUCCUUAAACUCUUUUAUUAUAUCGAAUUCAUCAUCUUCAGCUAGUGACAUACAAACUGCUGCAUCUACAAGCUUGACUACGAUAUCAAAAAUUAUGAGUUCGCUGCCUACAAUAGAUGCUCAGAACUCACAGACUAUUUUGAAUUUAUUAAAAGGUGUCACGUCAUCUGAGACGACGGUUCUUAAUGAUGCAAAUCGGCAGACACUGUUUUCUACUACAACUACGCUAUUAGGGAAAAUUAUCAAAUAUAAUGUAAAAUUGACGACUUCUCAGAUACAGACCUGUACCAGUACAAUUGCUCAGGCGGCUGGGGUUAAUUCUACAUCAGUUAAAGAUAAUCCUAGUGUGCUAGCCAGCACAAACCAAGUUUUGACUGAUUUAUAUGUGGCUGGGGCUAACUCAAUGUCGUUAGGUCAGACUAUUACAAGUGAAUCCACAUAUGUCCACGCGACUGUGCAGAUGCUGAAUCCAUCCGAUUUGACGGGCUACAAGACCACCUCAAGCUCAAACUAUUACGGCAGUUUUACAUUCCCUACAAAUGCAUCAGUUAUUAUUGACGGAGUUAAAUCAAUGCUGACGAUCUUUAUAGUUUAUGACAACGCAAAAGAUAAUUCUGCAGAAUCAUAUAUUUUUUUAAAAAAAUUGCUAAAAAAUCCAAAAUUAUUUUUAAAAAUGAUAAAGAGAAUUAAUCUGCUUUUUAAUCGGCAAAUUACUUAAUUAAGAAUAUUUCAAGAGGUGUAGAGUUCAAAAUAAUCGAAAUUUUGCCUAGUGGAAAUAUAACUCUCACCUUGAAUUUUUCUCCAAGCUACGCCAAUCUGACUAUUCCUUACUAUUCAACAGUCAACAAAGGAGACACUAUUCAAUGUGUAUAUUAUGAUAAUAACGCAUGGUCUACAUCAGGCUGCGAAUAUGUAAGCUACACCUACCCUGAAGUCUCCUGCAGGUGUUCCCAUACUUCCUUAUUCUCAGCUGGCAUGAACCUAGCCAUCGUCACUCCAAACAAUACCAAUGUAGACGCCCCAUCAAAAGACGCAUGGGAAGGGACAUUUUAUUAUGUCUGCUCCUUAGCUGGGGCUUAUGUAAUCAUGGCUUUUAUAUUUAUCUUUAUUGACUCCAAAGAAAAGAAAAAAUUAUCCAAUGAAAAAAUGAGUGCUAUUAAGCUACAUAACAAAAUUUAUAAAGGAACAACAAAUACGGAGCUUGAUAAUUUGGUGAAGCCUAUGAAUAGAAAUGAAAGCAUUGAGAUUGAAAGUGAUAGGCCGAUGUUUUAUAAGAGAAGUAAUGAAAAUAUUAAUGAAACUCUGCCUGGAUCGCCUGAAAAUCUGGGGCAGGUUUCGUAUUUGAAUAAGAAAAAAAUAGUGCCGGAUAUUAUUGUGAAGAGCAAAGAAAAAAAUGAGGAAUUGGAGAGGGGAAAUCCUGAUUAUAACUUAAUAGCAGGCUCUCAAAAAGCAAAAGAAACCAGUAAUGAUACGUAUCUAAAGACUCCUUCAAACCCGCUUACAGCUUAUUACUUUAUUUCUCCAUUCUUUUUCUAUAUGCCAUUCUACUCAAGACUCUCCAGAAGCACUUUGCUUAUUUUUUCCCUACUUCUUCAAGCAUUUUUCAACGGAAUUUUCAUUGCGCUCUACGAGUCAAAGAAAAAGUUAUAAGGCUAUAAAUGGAUAGACCAUUAGUCUGCCUAUCUGGGUAAACUCUCUAACCUAAGGAUUAGCUCUUUAGGUUGGAGUCACCUCUUCUGAUGCCCCGUUAGUCUGAUAAGCAAAGACUAUGUGGGAGGCAAAACCUGUCUAGCCCAUCUGGCUGAGACAGGUAAAACCUUCUGAGGAGAAACAAGGCUUCCCUCUUCAUCAGACAUCCUAAAACCGAAAGCCUAAUUUAAACGUUGACAAAGGCACUAUUUUCAGCUUCAUCCUACCUGCUCCACAGGGAGUUGUCUCAGAGUCCAUCUUCUGCCAACGUCACCAUUUUAUUUCUGCUCUAUGAGUCAGGCAUCUCUUCCUCAAAAGAUUAUGAAUUUACAGGGAUAUUCCAAGACAUUGAUUAUCUCCACAUAAUUUUCGCCAUUUUCUCCCCAGUAUUUUCCAAUCUUUUAGCAAUAGCAAUCGGCUGGAUUUUAAUUAAACGCAGAAUAAAGAUAAGAACUGAUAUGAAAGAAGCUGCAAAACAAGAAAAAAUUAAUAGAAUAUUGAGGCUUGCAGGAUAUUUGUUAUGCUUAGUGGUGAUUGGACUUGUUGUGGUGGCUGCUUAUUGGAUUACUCAGAAGGUUGAUGGGAAUGGAGAUAUGAUGUGGAUGGUGAUGAUUAUUAUUUCUCUGCUAUGUGAUAUGGCACUUGUUCAGAUUAUUAAAGUGAUUGUUGCAUAUGUGCAGCAUAAAAGAGAGACUCAUUUAUAA